AGAUCCCAUCCUCUCUAUAUACACUGACUACUGAACACAGCGGCAUUCAACAAGUAUAAUUAACCUUCGUUUUUCUCUUUUCUUGCUUCUUUUAUUUCUUAUCAUUCAUUCUCACCUCCUAGUCACAAUCACUACAAGACUAAUUCAAUCAAUACUACUUCUUACUACCAAAACACCCUUCACAAAACAAGUCCAGAGCACUUCAAAAGACUUUGGCAACUCGGAAAUUUUCUAAGCCAAAUAGCAAAACUUUACACCAGAAGACAACUUCUUUUCUAUAUAACACAGAAGAAAAUGGGUCAAUCAACGAUGAUCGCUGCCACCAUCCUCGGCGGAAUUCUCUCUUCUGCCAUGCUUUCUCAAGCUGCUCCCUUGACCGUCCGCCAAUCCGGCUCUUCUUCCACCACCUCAUGCAACAGCGGCGGCGGAUACCCCAUGACCAACACAACCACACCGCCCUCGACCUCGGGUACUACUUUCUCCUGGGGCUCAUACACGGGAUACCCGACGUCCGGGACGGCGGUCGCGACCAUCUAUCCCGAGUACACUUCCCAGUACAACGUGGCGACGGGCGCGGUCAACUUCAACACGGCUCGCGGCUUUGUGUCCCGGUCUUACACCAACGGCGGCGCCGACUCGACGGCCAUCGUCACCUUCGCCGUCCCCGCGCAGUACUCGCAGAACUGGUGCCGGGUGGCGUUCGGCCUCGAGGCCGCGGGCUCGUACGCCUCGGGUUCGCUCAAGGCCCAGCUGUUCACGAGCCUCGCGCCCGCCACGGCCAGCACCACCACCUGGCCCUCGGGCAACCUGAGGAACCAGAACAUCGGCGCCAUCGACGUCGUCCCCGGCGGCGAGGCCGUGUGGCAGGUCGGGUCCGGACCCGCCGCCACGUCCAACGGAUUCUUCCCUUGUUCCUUGGUGGCCGGCCAGGUCUUUGGCGGUGAGGUCGUCCCCCAGGGUGACCAGGUCGAGAUCUCCUGGCCCGCCGGUCAGGAUGGUAUCAAGAUUAUGGUUUAUUAGUGUCUGUGUGUGUUUUUCAUGGUCCACAAGCAUAGCGAUUUCGGGACCUGAAAAAGAAAGAGCAUGGGAAAAGUUUUGGUCUUUUUUUUUGUGUUUUUACGAGCGAGCGAUGGCGCUGGGUUGAAACACUGUUAUUGAUAUUGUGAGACUUGGAAAGUCCUUUUUUUUCUCUUAUUUUUAUUUCUUCUGUAUACUUUCU